AAAUUGAUGAGUCAGCUGGUGAUUUGAGUAUGAAUAUAAAUUCAUAUAGAAAUGAAUUCAUUGCCAUAUUUGAUUUUGACUAAAUAGAUAUUUAAAGAAUUUUGCCACGAUUCUAAAAUAUUCAUGAGGUUUUUUUUUGUUUGCAAUUUUAUUUCUAGAUUCAGCUGUGACUUUUUGGAAAUCUUUUAUGACAAUUAAUUCAGGUUUUUCAUUACGUUUCAUUUGAUUUAUUUGUCUCAAUUUGCAGAUUUGUGAUCUGGGGAGUACGAUGGCACAGAACAGAAACUAUUCAUCCAGUUUUGAGGACAUUUUCUCCAAUAGUGAUCUAAUUAGUUCAGGACCUCCUAAGAUCUACCAGCUGAGGAAACAGGAACAGAAGAUCGGAUCUCUGACCUCAGUAACUGUUGGUGAAAAACAAGAGACCAAACCAAACAAAACCAUCUUACUAGUUGGUGAAACAGGAACAGGAAAAUCUACUCUGGUUAACGCUCUGUUCAACUACUCUGUGGGAGUGAAGUUUGAAGAUGAGAUCUGGUUUCAGAUUGUAGCGAACGAGGACAGACAUCAGACCUCAGAUGUGAUCGUCUAUCAGAUCUUUGGUUUUGAGAAUCAAACUCUCCCGUUCUCUCUGACCAUCAUUGAUACUCCUGGAUAUGAAGACUCACAAGAUGUCAAUCAUAAUACCAGGAUCAAUCAGAAAUUAAUGGAGUUAUUCCAGUCAGCUGAUGGGAUCCAGGAAGUUCAUGCAGUUUGUCUGGUGAUGAAGGACAGAGAGAAUCCAGUCAGUGACCGACUGAAGUACAUCUAUGAUUUCAUUAAGUCUCAGUUUGGAGAAGAUGUGGAGAAAAACAUCGUAGCUCUGAUGACAAACUCACAGGGAGAAGAACCUACUGAUAUUCUUGAAGCUCUGGAAGCUGCAAACAUUAAAUGUGCCAAAGAUGAAGAGAAUGAAAUGGUUUACUUCCAGUUUGAUAACCGUCAGGAUAAAAAGCAAACAAAAAAAUCUAAAUUGUCUCUAGAAAAUGCUUGGAGGGUGUCAGGAGGAGGAUUAAAAGAGUUUGCAGCCUUUCUAGAAAACUCUCCUCCGCUCCAGCAGAAGGUCAUGAUGGAAGUUGAGAAAGAACGGAUCAGACUGACGGCCUGCAUCCAGAACCUGCAGGACAGAAUCAGGUUCACUGAGCUAAACCUGAGAGAUGUGGAGCGAACUCAAGAGGCUCUUUGUAUUAACAAACAGAAGAUAAAAAGGUCUAAAAAUUUUAAUGUACUUAUUCCUGAGACCUACAAAGUAAUAGAGUCUCUUGGAGAUGAAACCUGUGGUUCAGACACAGCUGUCGUCUGUUUUGUCUGUAAGGAGAACUGUCACUAUCCUGGAUGCACAAAGGCUUUAAAUGCUCAACAAUGUGAAGUGAUGAGAAAUGGAAAAUGUACUUCAUGCACCAACAAGUGUCCUGCAUCAGAUCAUGAUAAAAAAAACUGGAGGUUUUUGAUCAGGACCCAGAUGGUUGAGAGGAAUAAAGAAACCCUGAAGCAACAAUAUAAACAAGAAGCAGGAGAGAAAAAGGUCAAACUUUCAGAAAGACUUGAAAAAGAGAAAACAAAGCUGAGGGAAGAGAAGAGACAAUUAGUAAAUGAAGCAUAUAGACAUGUGAUCAAACUUUCUGUGUUAGUUAAGAAUAAUGAUUCAGUUGAUGAUUCAGUUUCCACUCAUGUCAUCUUGGACUUCCUUAUCAAGAAGAUGAAAGGACAAGGAGAUGAAGAAAAGGUGCAGGAACCGGAGGAAAUAUACAAACAAAUGGAAACCAAAACGUCACACAAACACAGGAUGGGAAUUUCCUCAUUUAAUCAGGAGGCUCUGAUCUCCGAAAGUAUUCAGACCCAUAAAGGACCUCCUGCUGUCUAUCAGGUGAUACCAAAGAAAGAGAUGAUAGGAACUCUGAGCAGACUGACGGUUGGAGAGAAAGAUGAGAUGAAGAUCAAUAAAACCAUCUUACUGGUUGGUGAAACUGGAACAGGAAAAUCUACUCUGAUCAACGCUCUGUUCAACUACGCUGUGGGAGUGAAGUUUGAGGAUAAAGUCUGGUUUCAGAUUGUAGAGGAGAAUAAAGGCCAUCAAACAGAAAGUCAGACCUCAGAUGUGAUCGUCUAUCAGAUCUUUGGUUUUGAAGGUCAAACUCUGCCGUUCUCUCUGACCAUCAUCGAUACUCCUGGAUAUGGAAGCACCAGAGGGACUGAAGAAGAUAAUUCUGUCAGUCAAAGAUUGUUGGAUUUGUUUCGAUCAAAAGAUGGAGUUCAUCAGAUCAAUGCAGUGGGUUUGGUGAUGAAGGCCAGUGAUAACAGACUGAGUGACCGACUGAGAUACAUCUUUGAUUCAGUGACGUCUCUGUUUGGAAACGACCUGGAGAGAAACAUUGUAGCUCUGAUCACUCACUCUGAUGGAAGAACACCUAGAAAUGUUCUUCAGGCUCUGGAAGCUGCAGGUAUUAAAUGUUCUAGAGAUGAGAUGAAUCUUCCUGUUCACUUCAUGUUUAAUAACCAGCAGAAGACACAGAGAUACACAGAGGAAGGUCAGCGUGGUGACAAAUACUCCUGGGACUUUACAAAUGAAGAUAUGGGUCGUUUGAGAAACUUCCUGAAAAACACCAAACCUCAACCACUGAAUACAACAGUGGAGGUUCUGAAUGAACGGAUCAGACUGACGGCCUGCAUCCAGAACCUGAAGGAGAGAAUCGAGCUGAAUGAACAGAAACAGAAUGAAAUAAAACAGAUUAAAGAAGCUUAUAAUGAACAUGAAGCUGAGAUGGAGAAGAACAAGAACUUCACUAUGGAAGUUGAUGAGCCGUACAAAGAAAAGGAAACAAUUACGGGAGGAAAGUGGGGGUUGGUGUUUCUGGAAGGAGCCAUCACCUGUAAUAUUUGUCAGGAGAACUGUCACUACCCUGGAUGCACAAUGGCCCGGAAACCAGCACACUGUAAUGUCAUGAAGCGAGGCCACUGCACAGUUUGUACCAACAAGUGUCCUGCAUCAGAUCAUGUCAAAGAAGACUGGAAAUAUGUGACAAAGACCAGAAAAGUUCAGAAGACCUUGAAUGAUGUGAAGGCAGAAUAUGAAAAAAAUAAAGCAGAAUGUGAGAAAAAGUCAACUCUUCUGGAAAACCUUGAAAAGGAAACCAGCAAACUGACAACAGAGCGAUUGUUGCUGCUGGAUGAGGCCUACAGUUGUGUUACCAGACUGGAGCAGAUUGCCCUCAACAUUAAUUCAGCAUCCACUUUUGUUCAUUUGGACUUUUUGAUUGAGAAAAUAAAGGAAAAAGGAGAACAAAAGAAAGCUGAAGUGCUAGAACAGCUGAAGAACAGGAUGAAUGAGGGCUUCAAACCUCAGAAAAAAUAGAUUUCCUAACUAGAUGUUCGACCCACCUCAACUGGCUCCCCUCCAUGUGAAGGAGCAGUAGCUCUACUCUGAUUUCCUCCUGGAGCUUCUCAUUUCAGCCGCUUCUAUCCAUGAUCUGGUUUUUCAGCCACUACCCAGAGCUCUUGACCACAGAUGAGGGCAGGAACAUAGAUUGACUUGUACAUCAAAGGUUUUUCUUUUGGCUCCGUUUUGUCUUCACCAUCACAGACCGGUGCAACACCCACAUCGCUGCAGACACGGCACCAAUCCGCCUGUUGGUUUCCCACUGCAUUCUUCUCUUAUUUGUGAACUAGACCCCAAGAUACCUAAACUCCCUAACAUGGAAGAAGCAGGUUUCCCUUUUCUGGCUGAAGACCAUUGUCUCAGGUGUAAAGGUACUGAUUCCCAUCCCGGCUUCUUCACACUCUGCUCUAGCAAAUGCUGCAGAUCACAAUCCAACAACAUCACUGGCAAAACAUGGAGAUAUCAUCCAAAAGCCACCAAAAUGGAUCCCUUCAAAAACCUUGACUGCACCUAGAUGUUUUAUCCACAAGGACGAUGAACAAAAUUAGUGACAGAAGGUAACUUUGCCUGCGACAGACUGGCGACCUGCCCAGGGUGACUCCCGCCUCUCGCCCGGAUCGUAGCUGGAGAGGAACCAGCAACCCUCCUGACCCCAUUAGGGACAAGGGUGAACAGAAGAUGGAUGGAUGCAGACCAAGGGUCCUGGUACCUCGUAUUCCCAGACUACACCCCCACAGGAUUCACCAAGCUACAGUCAACUGCAUUUUCCAAAUUCACAAAACACAUUCAGACUGGUGAGAGAACUACCAUGAACCCAUAAUGAGCCUGCUGAGGGUUUAGAGCUGGUGAAAUGUGGCAGCCAGUUAGAAAAAGACUCAGCAGACACAGAUCCUAUCCUCUCUACCCACUUUGAUGACAACAAAGUCAGUCAUCAAACUGUAGCCAAAGGUUUGUUGGUUCAAAAAUAAACUGCAAACCUUUCCAAGCACGCUGGACACCCUUACACUUGUCCAAUGUGUUCAUUAUGGAGAAUCCAUGACAGGCAGAGUUUGGGUUCAGUUAUUAUUCCUUCCAAUAACUCACGUCCAGAUCUCUCUGCUGUUGCCCAUGUUGGUGUUGAACUCCUUCAGUAAAGAGGGAAUCCCACCAGGAGUGUCUGAGACGUUUUCUCCUAAUGUAACACAAGAUUUACACACAAAGUUAACACUGAAUAUUCUGCUUGUUUGUUCACAUAUUAGAUCAGAAUAACAUAUUUUAGUUGAUUAGUGGAAAUACUUGGAUCAUUUUAUAUUGUUAUGUCAAGAUGAGGUUACGUCUCCAUUGUUUCUAAUUUUGAAUUGUUCAUACAAAUAAAGAACGUAAAAGGUUGUUUUUUUUAUUUUUCUUAUAUUUUUCUUUUGUUAAUAAUUAUUUGUUUCUGCUGUAAGGAUUUUAAUUUUUAAACUGUGAAAACAGAAUUAAUCUGAUUAUUAAGUUGAAUAUGAAUUGCAUGUUUUUUUUGUCGAGUUUAUUUCAAGUCUACAAUUAAAUUGAUAAUCAGCAAAGGGAAGAUUCUUAAUAAUGAAUUUGAUUAAUGCUAAUUUUUAAGAUGAUUUUUCAAUGUUUUUCAGAAUAGUUGAGAGAAGAAAAUCACCAACAUUUUAGGAAAAUAUAUCGACCAAAUAUGCAUCUGACCAAACACAUUUACAGCUGAAGUUUAUUCUAAAUUUACUGGAGAUUAUCAGACUUUUGGUUUUAUUAAAUAUUUUCAUGAAAGUUUUGGAAUUUACUUCAAUUAUUUUUGAUAUUUUGUUGGAAUUACCAGUUGAAUACUUUCUUCCUUCUGGGUUUUUGAGUGAUCAAGAAUUAAUCACUACCAGAGGAAAACACUGCCACUUACUGGUUACUGGUUGAACUGCAUUGUUGCUGAAAAUGUGCUAAAUAAAUAAAAUUACUGCAUCUCUC